GGCGGAGGCCCUGCCCGCCGGGGGCUUGGCUGACUCCGCGGGCGGCGGCGGUGGUGGCGGCGUGUGACGGACGAAGCCCUCCUCUGCCUGCCUCCUCCUCCUCCUCUAGCCUCCUCCUCCUCCUCCGUGUCUAGCUGGUCUCCUCGGGCCGGAGGGAGAGGCGCUUGCUGCAGUGAGAGAGACCCGCUUCUCGGCGAAGAGGAGGAGAAGACAAGGCGUCCUCCUGGAUUCCUCCCGGGCCCGGAGUAAGCCACGGUCCUCGCCUCCGCCAUGAAUCCCGCCGCCAGCUCCUUAGCACCGGCCUCGGGGAGGACGCCGGCCGGGCCGAGGGAGCGGCUGCGAAGGGAAUAGGGAGCCGCCGGCGCCAAGUCUUCCCAGCCCACAACGACUGGGGCCGGGCCAGCCACCUCGUGUCCAUGAGACCGCCGUCUUCCCGUCAGAGCUGCUGCUGCUGCUGCCGCCGCCGCCUUCGCCAGCAGCCACCAAGCAAGGCACACGCCUCCGCCGGGCCCAGUUCCUUCUUCGGCCCCCUUGCUUCCUUCCCUCUGCGGAGCAGAAGGAAAAGACUAUCGACUCCUGUGUGAAGAGAAUGGCUGUGACUUUAGAACAGGCCCAAAGGGCGGGCUAUAUAUUUCUGAAGGCACUCUUAAGAUUUGGCUUUAUGGUUGCUAAUAACCUUGUCGCUAUUCCAUCCUACGUCCUAUAUUUAAUAGUACUGCAACCUCUCCGAUUGUUGGAUAGUAAACGAUUCUGGUAUAUUGAAGGAGUAUUAUUUAAAUGGCUUUUAGCUAUGGUGGCGUCCUGGGGCUGGUGGGCAGAAUAUACAGUCAUGGAAUGGGGAGAUGAUGUUAAAACAAUCUCAGAAGAUGAAGCUGUGAUGUUGGUGAACCAUCAAGCAACAGGAGAUAUUUGCACUCUAAUGAUGUGCCUUCAGGACAAAGGCACGGUUGUUCGUCAGAUGAUGUGGCUGAUGGAUCAUAUUUUUAAAUAUACAAACUUUGGAAUAGUAUCUUUAAUUCAUGGAGACUUCUUUAUAAGACAGGGAAAAGCUUACCGUGACCAGCAGCUUGUGCUUCUUCAAGAACAUCUAGAAAAAUAUUAUAGGAGUCGUGAUCGCAAGUGGAUUGUAUUGUUUCCAGAGGGUGGUUUUCUUCGAAAAAGAAGAGAAACCAGCCAGGCAUUUGCCAAGAAAAACAAUUUGCCAUUUCUCACACAUGUUACAUUGCCAAGACUUGGGGCUACACAGGUUAUAUUGAAAAAGCUGGUAGCUCAGCAAGAAAAUGGAACUCUGGCAGGAGGAGAUGCUGCAGAAGCAGAAAGCAAACCAAAAGGUCUUCAGUGGGUAAUAGAUACAACGAUUGCAUAUCCCAAAGCUGAACCCAUAGACAUCCAGACCUGGAUUCUGGGCUACAGACGACCAACAAUUACCCAUGUACAUUACAGGAUUUUUCCAAUUAAAGAUGUACCUCUUGAACCCGAAGCCCUCACUGUUUGGUUAUAUCAAAGGUUCAUUGAAAAGGAGGAUCUCUUGUCACACUUUUAUAAAACAGGAGCAUUCCCUCCCAUUCAGGGACAGACAGAAGUUGUUUCCCGGGAGAUGACCCUUAGUAAUUUGUGGCUAGUUCUUGUACAGUCCUUUGCAUUUUUGUCAGGUGGUAUGUGGUACUGCAUUCUUCAGUAUUUUUAUCAAUGCCUGUUUUAAAAGGUGAAUGAGAGGGACCUGAGUACACAGCAAGAGAGGCGGUACUUUACAGAGUGCAUCGUGUUAUGUGCGCAAAUGUGAAUAUGCCAGGAGAAAGGAACAUGCUGGAUGGACAUUUUCUCAUUUUGAAGGGUUUUAAACGCCACUAGAAGAGAGGAUCAGUAAUAUAGAGACCUGAUGAUGUAUUUUACAAACUCGAUAUUUUUUAAAGGUGUGUCUCCCCAUACGUUUACGUCAGCGGAUUCAGAAUUUGAAAAGGAGACACAAGUAUACAGCCACCACCGGUGAACAUCUGCAGCAAGAAUGCUUUCACCACAGGUAGUAUUCAGCCUUGUAGUUAAACCUUGGAAUCUUCAGCAACUUUUUCUCCAGUAGUCUGUACUGCAAGUCUUGUAGUAGAGAUCCCUCAGCUACACAAACUUGAGUUGUAUUGUAAUUAAUCAUGCUGGAUCUGUUUAAUGUACUCUGCAAACUUGGUUAUGGUAUCGUGACUGCCCCAUGUAACCUGUUUAGUAGAGACAUUUAAAAAAAAUCUCAGUGAGAUCUUGUAUUGGAAACCUAGAAGUGGAAAACUAUUCUGCAAGAAGGCAUUAUGGUGUCAUGAAGUAUUGAAAGAUUUGUCUAUACCUCAUAGACCCAAUUAUUCUUACCAAAUUUUCAGUCUGUAGGCCUCUUGUAAGAGUAUUUAAAAAUGGCCCAUCUCUCAAUCUGCUUCCUAUUUUGGUUUUAGAAUGCAUUUCCCAAACUUAUAAGUAUCUCUGGGGUUUUUUGUUUUGUUUUGUUUUGCAAAAUGCACUUUUGAAAAUGCAAUACAACGUGAAAAGGAGCUUAGCUUGAACGAAGUGUCAGUGCUGUUCUUAACAGAUUUGCUUCUUGAGAACUGUUUGUUCAGAAAGGUCUGUGGAUUUCCAGCACUAAAAUGUAUUGAGUUGCCACAGUCUCGCCAAGUUGAUCUAUUUUCUUGUUAAAACUUCUUAAAGGCCUUUAUUUCCACUUGACACAAUAGCACUCAAAACAUCUGUGAGAGAGUUUGUGUACACAAAAUUCCAAGAACCUCAAUGUUUUGCUUUAUAUGAAAAAUACGAGGAAGUUAGGAUAGUCACAGAACAGUGUAUCUAGUCAUUGGAUAAAACAAAUAGGAAGAUUUUUGCUUUACCAUCCAGAGGUAUUGUAAAAAAUUCUCUGAACCAUGAAGGGCAUUAUUAAAUCUGUCAUCUUACUGCAAAAUGUCACUGCCAUAGAAAGGGAAUUUAAGAGGCAGACUGGCAUUAAAUCAGAAUUUGAAGUAUGUUAACAGUUUUCUAUUGGUUUUGAAGGAAAGGUUUCUGUGUUUGUUAUUUAUCACUCUUGGAAUGUUUUGCAUCAUGUCUCUAUGGCUACAUAAGAUAUCUAUUAAAAACAUUCCUUGAAAACAGUUUUCUAAUUUACACAUACAGACCUGUAGACUACAUUUCAAUUACAGAAUGUUGCUGUUUAUGAACUGUAAAUUUUUUUCUAAGAGCCAAGCCAACAGUAGUUGUCUGUGCUGAGUUUGAGACCUAUAUUCUCCUGGGUUUUUUUUUCCAAAUCACAUGAGAACCAGUUUUGGUGAGUAGUAUACAAAAUAAAAAUAUAAAACCACAAACAGUAUACCUUUUUCCUUUUGGUUUCCUCUUUGGGAAAGAGGGAUGGGGGAAUAGAUGCAUUUUCCUGUAUUAUGUACACAAAAAUUAAAUGUGUCAAAUACUAUUUUUAAACGUAAAACAAAUGUCCAUGUAGAUGAUAAUAUCUCUAAUUGAUUCUAGAUGAUUUGCAGUUACAUUUCAUUUGUAUUAUAUCACUACAAUUAUAGAGCAGAAAGUGCAGCAUUAAUGCAGAUUUCAAAACCUGUUUUUUUGGCACACAGCUAAAAACUAACAUAAAAAUAGAAUCCAUCUUAACAAAUAAUAACAAGAAUAUUCCUCCAGUCCCCUGAAGAUGUCCAAGACAAUGUUGUAAAUAUUGAUUUGCUUUCUUAUGAAUUAGCAGUGAACUACCAUAAGACUUAAUUUAACUGGACCACGUAUUUCAAUUUGUUUCUGUUCACGUGGCAGAAAUCUCAAUUUCUAGGGACUGGCGGUGAUUUACAGACCUUUUGUGGAUUGUAUAAGGUUAUGUCCCAUUAAUUUCAGUUCGACCCAAUUCCAAACAGUGUGUUUGGAUGUACAUUACAUUAGAUGGAUUUUUCCCUCUCAUAUCUGCCCUGGGAAAUGUGAAAAAAUGUUCAGUCACAGUGUCUUCUGUAUGUUUGAAUCAGGAAAAAUUGUGAAGAUACCGUGUUGUCAAAGGCUUUCUUGGCCAGAAUCACUUGGUUGCUGUGAGUUUUCCAAGCUGUAUGACCAUGUUCCAGAGGCAUUCUCUCCUGAUGAUUCAACCACAUCUAUGGCAAGCAUCCUCGGAGGUUGCCUGCCAUAGAUGUGGGCAUUAAUAUCAGUAGAAUGCCUCUGGAACAUAGCCAUAUAGCCCAGAAAACUCACAGCAACCAUGAGAAGAUAGUGUUUUUAGGAACUCUUAAAUAAAAGCACUUAUUUGUUUUCAACUUCAGUUGUGAUUUCAAAUUUAUGUACUUAUUAUGCAGUAUUCCUACUAAAUUCAUCAGCAAAAAUGCAAUCUUAGAAACACAACUAAUUAUAAAUUAAUCCUUUCAGUGUUCUCUUAAUUAAUUGAAUGUGUACCUCUAACUAUGCAGCGUGUUCAUCUAGGUCUUGACGCAACCAGAACUUUUGUGAGUUGAUAUUAACUUGGUAUCACCUUUGUCAUCCUUACUUUACACCAUGAGCAUUUCUUGAUUUAUACAGAGUCAUUAUGGAAAAUCUGCACAUGAAUUCUUGGGUCAACCAACAGUCUUCAAAUAUCUGUGGGGCUAAUGCAGAUAACUCCACAGAUGCAACAUUGAUGCAGAUAGGACUGCUAUGUUGUUCCACAGGACAGGACUAUUUUGCACUGUCCAUUUCCAAUAUAGAUUAUUAGGAAAAACUUACCAAGGACGAGAAAAUAUUGCCUUGGGGGUGGGGUGGGGGUGAGUAGACUUGUCUUCACUGGAGAUGGAAUAUGGUAGGUAACACCCUACAUUGUAGAUGCUUUUUUGAGCAAACCCUUGGAGAAGAUUAACACCCAAGUCCUUUCCAGCUACAUAAUCAUAUGAAGACAAAGAAGCAUUUUAAGUAAUAUCAAUUUCAGACCUGUAGAGUCAGUAUUGGCCCUUGGAUACCUGAUAUUGGGUAUCCUUUUACAAUGGUUAGUAGUGACAAACUAGUCGUGCAGCUCAUUUUGUCACAAUCUGCAUUCUGACUUCCUAUCAAGAACAUUAUACGAAGAAAAUAAGAUACCCAAUAAAUAGCAUUUUAGCAAAUACAGUACAGUGGUUUUUUUAGAGCAUUAACAAACAAGACCCUGGUAUUUAGUUUAGACUUCAUACCAUUCAAUUAAUGCACAUCAUUCACACAAAUCCGCUUCCUCCCCCCCCCCCCCUUCUUGUUCUGACCAUCUGUUUUUCUGCAGGUUUCCUUGUAACAUUAACAGUUUGUACUAUUAGUAAGGAUUUUGCACUACAAGAGUAAGUCAUCCUUUAUAGAGCCAUAGGUUUUGUAUUCUUCAAGGUAUUUAGUCCUUUGAAAUCCAUCAGAAAUAAAAAAUAAUAAUCGGGGAACUUAUCCCUUUGUUUUGUUUUUUUACAAUUUUAAACUGCUGUUAUGUUCCAGUAGACCCAUUAAAGCAGUGUUUCCCAACCUGUGGUCUAUGGACCACCAGUGGUCCCCAAGAACGAAAAUAUGGUCCACGGCCUCACCAUUACUUCAUCGUUGCCUCAAAACCAAGCAGCAAAGAGAGCAACUGGUCUCGCAAAACCCUCUUAUAGUUCCAUGGCAACAGGGAUGCCAGGAGGGAAAAGGCUGACUAGCCAAGAAAGAUUAAUACUACCACAUCAGCUCUAGAUUAUUAAAUAUGGUUUACUGUGGGCAAGCAGAUGGCAACUACUGGAUGGCAUAUGUUCUGUACCAGAAACUAGAACUGAUGUGGUCUGUCCAAUGCCAUUUUCCGAGUCAGCACCCCAGAUAACCAAACUAAAUCUAAAGUUAACCAAAACCUGAUUCGUAACCCUUUUGGUACUAAUGUUGGAGAGUGAGCCCUGGUCAAAGUAGUCCAUGGUCAAGUGGUCUGUGGUCAAAAAAAGGUUGGGAACCAUUGCUUUAAAGUCAUAGGUGGAAAUUAUUUCAAAUGGGCUCCAAGUUUAUUAAGAAAAACCCAUUUGUUACUUUUAAUACAUUCAAAUGACAACUCUGUAGGAAACUCUAGGUCCUCCAGUGGAAGUCUAUAGUCAACUUUUGCAGGACCUACAAAUGCAUAGAUAAGUAUUUCACUAGAGGACCUAGAGAUUCUGAGACAGAGCAUAUUAAUGAAAUCUGCAAAUAAUCAAUUCUGCAAAAGUGAAAGCUGUACCUUCUGCGGAGAAUGUGCUAGACUGCUUCUGUAUUCUCUUUUGAGAAGGGAUCAUAGUGAGCUUAAGUGUUUAGUAGCUUCACUUUCCCAUUCAUUUCUACUGGGGUAGCUCAGACUCCUAACAGCUUUGUACAUUAAAGUAGUUUGGUGACAAAGCACUAUAAUGGUAAAAGUACACAUAAAAUAUGGAAUGAUUUGGUAUUGCUUAAAAAUACAAAAUUUCAAGCAUUAAAGGAGGAUUAAAGCUGGUUGUCAAAGUUAUAUGUGUUCAUUAGCUCUCAGUACAAUAUGAAUACCUACAUGAAAAAAUGUUGAAUUUUUAAGAUAACAUACAGCCUAUCUGUGGUGGCUCUUCACUAUUAUCAAAAUAUAGGUUGACCUGGGCCAGUCUAAUAAUAUUAUGCAAAUGUGGGAAGUAGGAUUCAUAAUCCACCAGCCACAGUAUUGUGUUGCCAUUCUGUUCUUGUUUCUUUUUGGACUGAACAGCAUCCCAUUUAAUGUUUGUGGCCCAGUGUUGCCCAUUUCCUCCUUAAUUGUUCAGUGCGGUGGCUCACUCCAUCUGUGAGCAGAAAUACAUGAUUAUAAUGAAUAAGCAUGAUUACAACGAAUGAGCAUGUGGAUUCAAACAGAAUUUGCAACUUACCUCUAGACAAAAUAUUGCACAUUAUUCCAAUCAAAGUCCAUGAAAUGUUAUGGAAUAUGAAAGAAAAGAUACUCAAGAGAGAUGCUCCGUGAUUAAUCAUGGUUUUCAUUUUCAACCACACCAAGGUGUGAUAAAGGAGUGUCCUGCUAAAAUAUAGUAAUUGUAAUGUCUUGCAAUUUGGUGGAGAUGUGGUAUGAAACUGCAUUUAUUCGCAUGAUGAAGUUGAGAGAGAAACCAUCAUUUUGGUUGUGAAUUAUUUUCAUUGCUAUUGUAUGAUUCUGUAGCUGUUCUUUUCCUCCCUUUUCAAUUCCACAUCUUUUGUUUCAUGCCAUGAUCAGAAUGAAAAUGGAUGGUUCUGUUCAAGGAUUGGUCCUAUUUGGAUUUGCAAUCAAGUUUAUGUCUUUCUUAGAUUCCCUUCCCAUAAACAGUUAACAGACAUUAAAAAAAAUCUCAGUACAAAUACAUAUUUCAAAAAUGCUUUCCUCAGCACAGACAAAUAAAUGGCACCAUUAGCAGGUUUGAUCCAUUGUGACAAUCCUUUGGGCUUCAUGUUGUAAUUGUUAAAGAAUGUUUGAUAGGGAAUGACAGAAUUGUGCCCGUUUUUUGCAUAUGAUAAAAUAUCAGAUUGACUGCUUUUCCUUGUGUUAAUUGGAUAAAUAUAUGAUUUGGUUAUAAAUAUCUCAUUUCACCAGUUCUAAGGCACACUUUUACCGUCAUUUAAGGGGUACACCUUACAUUCGGUGAAAUACAGUAGUUCCAUUUAUGGCUCUCAGGAAUCACAAAGAGCUGCCUUCUCCCACCUGGUGCUUUCCAGAUAUUUGGGACCACAUCAUUCCUGACCUUUGCUGUGUAGGCUAAGGCUAUUGUUCAAAACCUCUGGAGGGCACUUGGUUGGCGAAGCCUAACGACAAGACUCAUCUUUCUGUGCAAGAAGGGACUGGAUUGCUUUCUCUUUUAAUGCAAAGUUGCUGUAACAUCUCUACAAAUAUUUUUGCAGAGAUGUAGAGACCAAUCUAGGGUUAUGAAAACUACAGUAAUACUUAAGGAUACAGAUUACUACAAAAGCUUUUGAUGUAGCAAGUGGAUGCUGUUUUCUUUCUUUUGAUUUGUUGUAACUUAAACAAUGCCUCCAAAAUAAUGAAACUUUUUGUUUGAAAGCGUUUGCCACAGGUGACAUUCAUUUGAUGUUCCAAUGAGACACUAAGACCUUGUUCAGACUAACGGCCACUCCAUUAGCAGUCGUUGUGUUUUUGUGACCUCGCAAGACUUGUGUGGAGGUACUGUUUUGGCAUUUCUAAUAUGGCUGCUCAGUGGUGUGGCUUUUUAUUUUGAGCUGCCAUGAUACUGCAAACUGACAGCUGUUCCGUGAACAAGUGACCAUGAAUAUCCCCAGAAAUGCCACCUGAGGGUGAGGCCUUCCAGGCCACAAGUCUGGUGAUGCCCCUGAACCCUCUCAAGGUGCUUACAUAGAGCCACCCAUCAUCUGGACCGUAGUCAAAGGGACUCUAAAUAGAUAAACAGAAACUAUUGGUACUCUUAGGAACUGACGGAUGCACCUGGAACAGCCCCAAGAACUGUGUGUUGGUUAAUGUCUACCUCUUCAUUUCUCUUCUGGAUUUUGUUUGGGUUUGGAUUUGUGGGAGUUUUUUGUGCUCACAAUUAAAGUGGGGUUUUUGUUCCAAAGAUGUUUUUUUCUAAAGGGUGGGGGAAAACCUGAACGCUGACGUUUAAAAUGCUAAGGGAUCCACUGCUGACCAACCCUGUUCUGCACAUAUUUGAUAAAAGCCAUUGUUUUUAAUUCCUAAUAUAAACAAUGUUUGUUUGUAAAGUUUCUUCCUGCUGGGAAAAAUGUAUUUUUAAAAGGAAAAAAAAUUCCCUCUUUUGGCUAUAAGAAUGUCAGCUGUAUGAGCAGGUGUGACCAUAUCAUAACAUGCUGAUCGGAUAUAAAUCAAUAAAAUUUAUACCUCUCA